AUGCAAUGUGUAACAUGUAUGGAUGGUCAUUGGUUUGCUGAACUUGGACCAAUAUUUUUUAGUCUUAAAGAUUCACUUAAAACUCGUAGUGAACGUGCACGAAAAGAAACAUCAGAAAAGUUAACUAUGGAAGAAGAAAUACAUCUUGCAAAAGAAAAACUAAAUCGAAUAAAAGAAGAAACUCUUGUUGCAGGUUUAACACUAUUCAUAAGAAAUCGAAUUAUUACAUCAUUUAAUCGUAUACAAACAGCCUCUACACUAAAACGAAAUACACCAUUUCGUAGUGGAAUGUAA